UUUGCCUGCUGUCGCGCUGUGAGGCGUGUGGGUGAGGAGCCAGCCCGUCGCUCCUGGUACUCACGCACUUGUGAUUAAAGCUGCUCUGGGUCCCGCGACCUCACCGUCAUGGAUCCGUGGAAGCGGCCGCCCGUGCCCGAGGACGCGGUCCGGUACCGGCUGUUUCUGGUGGACCCGCCGGGUGCUCUGGAGACCGAGCGGAACCUGCUGCGCCUUCUGGAGGCCAUUCUGGCGCACAUGGCCCCUCUGUGGCUGCAGUAUAUCUGGCAAAAACAGCCGAUCAGCCUGAGUUACCACCCCGAGACAGGGGGCGUCCCGGCCCAUCUGGGCGGGUGCACGGAGUUUGGUGAUAACGUAGAGGACGAGUGGUUCAUCGUUUACCUGCUCAGGCGUCUCACGCAUGCCUUUGGCGAGCUGGCCGCCACUGUGGAGGACAGCGAUGGACAGUUCCUCCUGAUCGAAGCGGCGGAACACCUGCCAAAGUGGCUCGACCCCGACAGCAGUGAGAAUAGGGUCAGAGGUCGUGAUAAUGAUGAAGAUUCUAGAUACGAUAUCCAUAAUUUAGUAAAUGUGUUCCUAUAUCGGGGAGAGCUCCACAUAUUGCCCAUUCGUGUGCGUUCUGGAGAGGUGGGCUGGCCCCUGGACUCGGUGCCGUCAUUGCGGGAGGCCCUGGAUCUGCUGCGUGUGCAUGGCGAGCACUGCCUCGCGGAGCAGGGCGUUCGUGACGCCCUGGAGUGCCGACUACAGGGGUAUCCAGGUAAGAUCCAGGCUAAUCUCCAUAAGGCACACUGUUACAUACCUGCAGGCGUUGCUGCUGUGUUGUCACGGCGACCCGAUCUCGUGGCCUCUGCGGUGUCCGCUUUCUACCUACGUGACCCCAUUGACCUCCAGGCUUGCAGAACUUUCCGGCACUUCCCCCCAGACACCAGAGUCCUCACAUCUGUGACAUUUACCCGCUGCCUGUAUGCACAGCUACAACAGCAGAGCUUUGUCCCAGACCAGAGGAGUGGUUACACCCUCCCGCCACACACUCACCCUCAGUACAGAGCUCACGAGCUGGGCAUGAAACUGGCCCACGGCUUCGAGAUCCUGUGCAGUAGGGCCCGGGUGGCGGGCCCAGAGGCCCAGGAGACCCCUGUGAGUGCUGACCCGCUCUGGAAGGGGUUUCUACGCAGCCUGCAGAGGAGCAAUUACUUCAGGAGAGAACUAGAAGGCUCUGUGCGCUACAGAGAGCUAAUGUCCUCAGCGGAGAACUUCUUCAGGCAGUCCGUCACCAGCUCACACAGUUCUGGUACUCGUGAUGGAGGUGAGGAGGUAUUGCAGGUCUUGGAGAGUGCCCCCUAUAGUCUGGAGGAACUGCAGAAACAAGAGGCACAGCUCCCACGAGAGGACAGUGAUGACUGGUUGCACAUUACCCCUGGGGAGCUGGAGAGGUUGCUGGAAGAACGAGGAGGUCGUGGGGUGAACCAGGGUCGGGGGGCGUCACGGGAAGCCAGAAGGGGUGAGGAAGAGGAGCGGGAGGAAGAGGCCAGCUAUAGUUUGGUGGCUGUGACGCGGGGGAUGAAGAACUUCAUCAGCGCCACGUCAUCCUACAAAGGAGCCGAAUUCCCACAAUCUUACUCGUUGGAGCCCUUCAGUUUCAACCCCGAUGCAGUGACCAGUGCACUGGACAGACUGCUUGGUGGAAAAGACGAGGAACUGGACUCGGAUGAUCUUGAGGAGGAAGAUGAAGAUGGGCACGAGGUGACGGAGGAAGGCUACAUGGGAUCUCAGGAGCAGGAUGGGGCCGAGGCGCUUGGGGGUCUGAGGAGAUAUAUGGAUGAGAUGGACCGGGAACUCCAAACCACACACAUCGCAAAGAGCUUCACAUACAGCAGCAAAGGCGGCAAAAGAGAGCCUACAGCCCAGAACUCCCCGCCACCUGCAGCGUCCGAGCCGCACGAGGAGGAGCUCCGGCCCCUGGACGUGGACCUUAACUUGGUCACAAAUUUACUGGAGUCUCUGGCUUCCCAAGCCGGCAUGUCGGGGCCGGCUUCGAACCUGCUUCAGAGCAUGGGUGUUCACCUGCCUCCCAACGCAGACGGCCCCUGACGCGGACCACAGAUCCCUCGUUCCGACUGUCCGUAGCUCACUGCUUGGCAUUUCCAGUAGACUUUAGAAGAAGUGGUGUGUUCUCUCAUCUCUUUCUUUGGAAGCUUGAAACUCAAGGGGCAUGUUGACGUGCAACGUCUUCUGCUCUUACCACGCGGGAGAAGGAUCUAAGGUUCUCACCUCCUUCAUCCACAUGUAUUUUUGUACAGGAUCUUAAAUAAAGGCAAUAUUUUGAGAA